UACAUCGAAGCCAUCAGCAACAAGCAAGGCGAGCUGGAAAACUACGUCUCUGAUGGCUACAAGACGGCGCUCACAGAAGAGAGGAGACGGUUCUGCUUCCUGGUAGAGAAACAGUGCGCGGUAGCGAAGAGCGCCAUCACCUACCACGCCAAGGGGAAGGAGAUGCUGACGCAGAAGCUGCCUCUGUGGCAGCAGUCCUGCUCGGAUCCCAACAAGAUCCCGGACCGCGCUAUACAGCUGAUGCAGCAGAUGGCUGCCAGCAGCAAUGGCACCAUUAUGCCCAGCCCUCUGUCUACAUCCAAAUCCAACCUCAUCAUCUCUGACCCCAUCCCUGGUGCCAAACCUCUCCCUGUCCCCCCGGAGCUGGCACCUUUUGUAGGACGCAUGUCGGCGCAGGAGGCCAUGCCGGUGAUGAACGGAGUCUCAGGCCCAGACAGUGACGGGUACAACCACUGGUCUGAGAUGAAGCCAGCACAGCCCAAAUCUUUAUCUCCUCCCCAGCCUCAGAAGCAGCUGAGUGACUCUUACUCCAAUACACUCCCAGUUCGCAAAAACGUGCCACCGAAAAACAGCUACGUGUCAGCCGAAAACAAGACACUGCCGCGCUCCAGCUCCAUGGCCGCAGGGCUCGAGAGGAACGGCAGGACAAGGGUGCAGGCCAUUUUCUCUCAUGCUGCUGGAGAUAACAGCACCCUCCUGAGCUUCAAGGAGGGUGACCUGAUCACGCUGCUGGUUCCAGAGGCGAGGGAUGGCUGGCACUAUGGAGAGAGCGAGAAAACAAAGAUGAGGGGCUGGUUUCCUUUCUCCUACACACGGGUCCUUGACAGCGACGGCAGCGAGCGGGUCCACGCAAGCCUGCAGCAAGGGAAGAGCAGCAGCACUGGCAACUUGCUGGACAAGGACGACAUCGCCAUCCCACCGCCCGACUACGGCAUGGCCUCCCAAGCCUUCCCGACGCAAGGCGUCAACACCUUCAAGCAGAGGCCGUACAGCGUGGCCGUGCCUGCCUUCUCCCAGGGUCUCGAUGACUACGGGACGAGGUCUGUCAGCAGAAACCCCUUUGCCAACGUCCAGCUGAAGCCAACGGUGACGAACGACCGCUCGGCUCCACUCAUCAGCUGAUCCGGGAGCGCUGGUGCCCGUCGUGCCAUGCGGCACUCGCCGCCUCCUCCUCGCUGCUGUAUGUCCGGCUCUCCAGGACUUCAUUUUUUAGGCAGAGUUUAUUUAAUCCUGCUGCUUUGAAAGCCAAAGGCUAAAGCUCGUGCCCUAGUUCUCUCUUCUCUAGACCCAGCUUAUUCCUCUCGGUGGCAGAGGGUUAAACCGCUGCCACGUAGCCUGUCCUCUGCCUGAGCAGAGCCAGCG